CAGCACCCACCACGCCAUUCGGGAACUCUUUGAGGUCGGUUUUGCUGCAGUCCGUUUCCCGCUCCUCAGUCGAAACCAACGUCUAUCUUGCGCCCCAGUUGCGCCUUGGCGGCCAUAAACGAACAUGUCCGUCUUCGGUCGGUUCAAGAAGGGCCGCCAGGCGGCCAAGGAACACAAGGCUGGGUUAGCUGAGAAGCAAAAGGCCGAGGAGCAAAAGCCGGCCUAUCGUCACGUUCCAACCCAUGCGGCUGUUGAUGCCCUGGCCGGGGCACCCUCGAGUUGGAGAGAUGACGACCGCGUCCGCAUCGUCGAGGAGAACCGCAGGCGGAGCGCCAUGACGGCGAGCGGCAUGGGUCACGACACCCCAGUACACGGCUUGGGACAAAAUCCGGUGCACACGGGAAUGACACGGACAAGCAGUACUCUCUCCCACGUCUCUUAUCCAUCCGUUUAUGCAAAUCCAGUUGUGCGCUUGCCGAGGGCUCACAGUUACAACGGGAGCAUACAUCCUCCAUGGGGCGAUCGCAGCGGUGAGCUCAUCUACUCGCCUCGAACAGAUGACUAUUUCAACCCAGGUGGAAACCUGCCAGUUGCAUAUACUGGCAAAGGGAAGGCUAUUGAGAGAGUCAUGGCAGGCAGCUCAGGUCGGGGCGGCCGAACUAACAGCAAAGCCCCCUCAGUCGUUGGCAGCUCCAGCGACUCCACAAGUUCAGACGAACUUGAAAUGAAAGCCACCCGCCGUCGUCAAGCCGUAUCCGAAUCGCAUUCAACUGGAAAUGACCUCAGCAGUCUUACGCCAAGCACGAGAGAUACAGACUCGGCUGCCAGUCUAGCCCAGAAGUCAGAGCCACAGCACAGGCAUCGACUACACCCGAGCAAGGGCCGAAAACAGGUGGACCCCUCAGCAAAUAUUAGAGAUCGGUAUUAUCCCCCUAGUGCGAGCCAACGCUUUCGAUCAACGGCCCACAGAUCGCCAAGCUCAUCAAUAUCAACUGUUUCCAAUAUCCCACCCGUGCCUUCGUUACCACCAAUGUGCCUAGCAACGCCGCCAGUACCCCAUUCCGCUGCUUCCUCGUCAUCCGGCUGGGCAUCAUCAACCUCUUCAGUUGCAACAUAUACUGGACCGAGCAGGCCAUCUGUGAGGGCCGAUGGCGAUGGAGAGUCGCCAACCUCCCCUAUCACCCCUAACAUCCUCGCUCCUGCGUCACCGGCGAUCCUUCGCCCUUCCUCAAAAGCCUCAGAGUUUGAUUUUAAUUUUUCCACUACAUAUACAAGCUCGGACUCUGAAUCCUCUCCGAAGCCAAGAGUAUUUUCUUUAUCAUCGACAAGAACAUUGGACGCGACGCCAAGCCCCACAGCUACAUCAGGCUCACAUCUACGGACUACGACCGAAUACCUUGCUUACAAACCGCCUGGUGUCAUUCGCUUCGAUUUUGAGCAGGAUAUGGCGCCAUCGAGGGUGGCUUACGACCGCGAGGAAGACCUGGCCAAAGCGAGCCCUACUCCCAGGGUUCUACCCGUAGAUUUCGAUGAGGCGGCCUUCUCUCAGAUGCCUCUGGAGGUGCCUGCCCCAAAACCACAACCACCGCCCUCCGCGCCACAAAAGGUCGGGAGGGGCAAAUUGACCAAGACGCCGCAGGUUGCAAAGCCUCCCAAGGCCUCUCGGCGGUGGUCCUUUAGCAAGUCUGGGCCACCUGUAGCCUGACAACCUUAGUUCAUACUUCUCGAUUUUUAUACAUAAGCUCGUUUAUGUUUGAAUUUCCAUGUUGGAGGGUAGGGAUGCACAUCGGUUAGCUGUUCUAUUUCUUUCAGUAGGGCUUGAUCACAGCAUUUUGUGCAGGUGACGGUAUUAGUUCCGCAUGCUCUUCUUUGACAGGAGACACUAUGGCGUUAAGAUAGUUGGCUGGUUUUUGUAAGGAGAAUAUGGGAACACCGAAUAUUCAUUGCCCCAGCGGCACAGAGGGGUAACUACCUAGGCGAUACCUAGUAGCAUUAGAGUAAAAUAUCGGAUUCAGAAUGCUUUGAAGAAUUGUGCC